GUUACCAAUUUUUCCAAAAGUUGUAUGUAAAGAUUAGAUUUUUUCGAACACCUUGAUACCACACAAGCUAGCGACGCUAGUUUAGUGAUACCCAGAUGGAGUGGAUAGGCUCAACAAUAUUGAAAUCAUUCUGGAGACCUACAAUAAACGUGAUAAGAACAAGGUAUCAUGCUGACAAGACUCGGCUCGUGAGACGGUAUGGAUACGAAGAAAAACUUUGGUCUGGUGGACUCUUGCCUAGAUCCAAUGGAAGACCCCUGCCCAUACCUGAAUACAGACCUAAAAAUGCUUGGACUGAGCGCAGAGCCCUAUUUGGACAAAAUGACUACAUAGAUAUACUGGGAAAAGGUGACCUUCAUCCAGUGAAGACCUUGUAUACACUCCCCGCAUGGAUCAGAGGCUUCCAAGCUCAUCAAGAAUACCAUGUCAUUCUUAGGAAGAGGAAAAUGUUUGCUAAGACCGCCAAACCAGCAAUGCGUCCAACGAAAUGGAAAGACCUAGAAAAGCGCCUGUCAUUCUUGUAUAGAAAACUUAACAGAAAAACAAAGACUGGGAAUUCCCCAGAUUAGAAUAAUCUAAAUUAUGCUAAUAACUGUGGGUAUAUAUGUUUUGUAAUAAAUGUAGUAUGUGAUCUUG